AUGUCUAUCCACCCUCAUAUCCCCCCGCAGAUUACUUCUAACGACCGUCGGCCGUCUAGUCUUCCACCUAGCCGCCAGUUCCCCCUCCGUUCCGCAGCGUGGUCGACUUACGCCUCUCCGGUCACUUCGACAUUUGGUACGCCAUUCUCAGCGGAUUCGCCCGCCUUCUCGACGCCAGUGGUCGUCAGCUUGCCGGAUACGCCCGGUUCGACGCACCCUCACACUCCUAUUCGAGAGGACUGGCACACCUUGCAGGAAGAACAAGCGGCAAUGGCGAAAUCCGCUGACCCACAAGCGGCACCGAGCCGCGACGCGCCGCCACACGUACGCGUUAGUCCCGCCAGCCCUGCGCAAGCAACUCAAGACGAGGAGAAUCGAGGUCGUCGCGCCCGCUCGUCAGACAGUCGUCGCAGCGGGGACCUAGCCGUCCCACCAACAUCCCAUCGCGAUAGCAGAUCCGAAGACACGCGGGUGACGGACCAACAGGACCCGGACGAGGCGGACCGACGGCUCACGCGCCGAUCCAUAAGACACCUCCUAGGUCCGGACGGUCGCCUGCCGGACGACCUGCGCCGGCCGGAUGAAGCACUGGCGAUAUUGGCCGCUCUCUCGGAACCCGACAUAUCGGGUCAGUACGGCAGCGUCUUCGACGAGGCCUGGUGGUUCAUAGCCCUCGACUUCUCGGAGGGUCUAAUCCACGACCAUCAGGAGGCGGUAACGCAUGAACGUCGCUUCGCCCUCCGAACGGAGGUUUACAACCGCGUCUGGUACGUUGCAGACCGCAUCGAACAAGCAGUGAACGACAUGUUCCAGCUGGAGAACCACUGGAGGGAAUGGCACGUCGACCCGGCGGGAGACCUCUUUCACAACGCCCAAGGCUGCUCCAGCGGUAGCAUCCUGCUCGACCUCUUCCACUCGCUACGCGGACGCGUACGGAAGGCCGUGGACAUGCUCAACUAUAGGAUCACGCUGCACUCAGGCCGAGCACCCGCAACGGUCGCACCCUCGUCAACAGCCUCCGACAUGUACGUAAAACCACCACCGAAGCGAUCGUCCCGAGCAGCAGUAGACCAGUGGUUGGCGCGCACGAGCGUGGCAAGGGAAGUCACCCCAGACUACAUGACAGUGGUCAAGCAACGCAUGGCGAACGACCCCACGGCGAGGCGGAACUUCCCCCAGGAUCUCGGGGCUCGAUUUCGCAUAGACCCCAAGCCGACGAAGCCCCUCUCAGCUCUCCGCGCGCACGUCCAACCCGUAGAGAUAUGGACACCACCAGACGGACAACCGGACGCUCCUCCUGUCCCAACACCGCAGUUCACCAGAAUCCCCAUCCGAACCACGUCACUCCAGCCGGAACCGACAUACGCGCCUCCGCCCAGCUUCGAGAACUACCAACCAUAUCCCGACUAUUUACGGCCGCGGCCGCCGUCCCCGCCAUACCAAAGUCCGUGGUUCGGAGAGACCGACGCCCACCGCCAACCCUCGAUAUCGACAGCCAGGGCUCCGCCGCCGGUGCAGGGCGCGUCAAACGCCUUCCCGACGACCUCAGCCACGGAAGAAGUGCGCCGAUCAGUGUAUCCGACGCAACAGACACCGACAGCCGACGUGAAGCCGAACACAGAUUGGUGGGGCCCAGCCACGGAACCAGCCCCGACAACGGGAUUCGGGGGCAGCAGCCCACGUACCAAGGAUACGUACCAGCCACCAAGCUGGCAGGGAUUCGCCCCUCGCCAGGCUACGCAGAUCAAGUCGGACCACGGAUCGUACGCUCCACCGCCGGCUGUUCCGCCCCACGGAGGACCGCCUCCUCGGGACAGAGCCUACCGAAACCCAAACGAAGGGACAGGAUUCCCCGGUAGGGGACCGCCGAGCGGUGGGCCUCCAGGAGGACCACCAGGGGGGCCGCCGAGAGGACCACCUAGGGGACCACCAGGGGGACCACCAGGGGGCCACCAGGGGGACCGCCGAACGGAGGAUACGGGGGCCGUAUCAACCUCCGCCGCACGGACCCGCGCGAGGCGGCGGACCACCAGCACAAGGACCCCAGAUCCAACGCCCCCAGGAGGAGGAGGACCUCCCGGUGAUGACCCAGAUCCAUAUGGCAUUAUACCAACCCUCUUCCCGCACGGCAUCCCCCAGAUCGUUGUGAGACAAUCGCAAGAGCCGCGCUUCGACGUCAAGUUCGACAAGAAUAUCAUACCCGAAUGGGACGGGUCGCCCAAACGCCUCAUCAAUUUCCUGCAUGAGAUGACACAACUCGCAUAUAUCAAUGAGAAAAUGGCCACGGAGCUAGCGCUAUUAGCACCACAGAAGUUCACGAGGUUCGCACGUCAAUGGUGGCACGUCCUGGACCCGCAAGUGCAACACCUCUACCUUCAGAAUUGGUGGAACAUGCGUGAAGGAAUCCGCCUGCACUUUUUCACGGCGAAGUUCAUGGACGAUGUCCGGAACGUCUACGACCGCCAGGCCUUCAGAGAGCCAGACCACACGACGGAAUCGCCUAGCGAGUUCAUCAUCCGGCGAAUCAUCCUACACGAUCACCUUCACGAAGGCAGGCGACCAGCCCAGGAAGUCAUCAGGGCGGUCAUGCAGCGAGCGCCACCGAUGUGGUCGACAAUCCUGAAUGCGGACUCCUUGUCCACUCUCACAGCACUCCUACAACAAGCACAGGAUAAGGAGGCUGACCUCGUGCACAUGUCGGAACACGAUGCCCGCCGGCGUUCACCAACUCUCAAGGCCAAAGACUUCGCGCUGGAUACCAGGACCGCCUGGCAGCGCAGGCCUCGCGCUGAAAAUCGACGAGCAUACGCGGUCGAUCGCGACGCCGAAACCGAUCAGUUGAGUGACUAUGAGACCUUUGCGGCGAAUAUCACGGCUCUGGAAGACGCCUCGCUAGGACGCCCGGUCUCCGACGACAAACUAGCAACACUCUUUCCGGUGGCCCUGGCCGCGGCAGCACAAUCGCAAUCCGACGGUCCCAAAGGCUCCAACCGACGCAGGCCGGCCGCAGGGUACUUCCGCGACCGAGACGACGCGACG